CACGGAUCUAAUGUUGUAUUGUUGUUUACUAUAUUAAAUUUGUUGUAACAUUGGAAUCAACAGUAAAGAAAUAGUAUCACGUAACUUUUACUUUAAGUUUCAUUUUAUAUUACUAUCUCUAGUUAUGUGAGAAUGACAAGAAAUGAAGGAAAUCAGGGAGACGGCGUCCAUGAAAUCAUUCGGUCACAACCCAGUCGUGGCUUGAGUUUUGUCAGAUUUUGCAAUGCGACUCCAAGGAGAGUAGAGGUUAUAUGGAUGAAUUAUGAAGGUGCUCGAGUAAAAUAUAAAACCCUUGAUCCGGACGAAUUCUUCGAUGUCAAUACAUAUGUGGCUCAUCCAUGGCUGUUUCAAGAUGCUAUAACACAUGAAAGGUUAAAUGCAAACUCUAAACAUGUAUUUGAACCAAAGCCUUGGUAUGAGCAAUAUCUUCCAGACUUACGUAGUGGGAGAAUUCAUCCCCAAGAUAUUCAACCCAAGCGUGUUACAGUAAACAUUACAAGCCCUCUUUACUCCCUCAAAGUUACUGCAAUGCACACAAUUAGAAGAAACCUAAAAGAUUAUAACCAUGUUUGUCAGCUAGAAAUACCCAGGCAGUUGCAACAAGACCUUGUAGAGCUCAUGAAAUCUUGCAGGAUGGAAAAACUGGUUGUUGAAGUCUAGAAAUUUCUGCACUUUCAGCUAAUGUAUGAGUACCUGACAUCCAAUCAAGAAAAUUGCAGCAGGUAUUACAAACAUUGCUCCAAUCAAUCUUCCCCACAUUCGGUGUCCAUAUUCCAUAUGCCAGAUGAAUUUGAAUUCUUCUAAAUUAAUUCCCUUCUUCAACCUAAUGGGAGUCAU